UUUGGACACAGAGGAGUCGGAGCUGGAAGAAGCAGAGUCCAAAGAAGAAGGAGGAGGACUGCUGUCAUGGCGGCCAAGGUGGUGAUGGUGGCUGUCCCAACGGUGCUGGGAAUAGCCUCCAUCCGUGUGUACACGGUGAGCGAAACCCCCACGGAUGAUCUGCUCAAGAGAGAAAAGCUAAACAUCUACACCCCACAGUCAGCUCAGACUCUGUUUGUUCCUGAGAAGCCAGGUGUUAUUGAGAGUGGGGUCACUACAGUGAGAGAGCGCAUACUGCCGAUUGCGGAGGCUGUAAAGGGUGCCUGUGUCUCUGUGAAAAAAGGAAGUGUAAAUCUAUACUACACAGGACAGGAUGUAUAUUACUACCUGAAAGAUCCUCCUCCGGGAUUUGUUCCCAGAUUUGGUACCAUCACCAUGGCUGGCCUGCUUGGCAUGUUCCUGGCUCGGAAAGGUUCUCGCUUCAAGAGGUUUGCCAUUCCACUGGGCCUAAUGAGUGCCGGAGCUUCAGUAUGUUACCCGGCUCAAGCAGUGGCUGUGAUUAAGGUGACAGGUAGAAAGGUGUAUGCCACAGGGCAGUGGUGCAGCGUUGUAGUGUCCUCACUUUUCACCCCCAAACCCCAGGAGCCGGAUGCCAAAGAGAUGACUGCCUCACAACCACAGUCGGCUGCUGGGUCCAGUCUAGAGUGUGCAGUGAUUGAGGCCCCUGAGGUCAGCUCACUCCAAAGUGGUACAAUCCCAGAAAGGGAGGGGGAAGCAGCCAUGUCUGUUCCUGUGUCUGAUGAGCCCACUGCUGCUGUCAUAACAAAAGAGGCAUCAUCUGUAACUCUGACUGAGAGCUCCCCUGACCAGACCCCCGCAGAGUCCAACACAGUACAGUCAGUGGCAGCAGGACCAGAAACUGCCCCUCCCCCGGAGGAACUGCCUGCCCCUGUUGAAAACAAGGAGCCCACUGACACAAAACAAGCCCCAGAGAUAGUCUCAAAUGAAGGAAGCCUGGUAGAAUCCACAUCAAGCCCAGAACCAGAGACGGUAGAGGCUGCUCCCGUCCAGUCCACUGAAGUUCAGUCUGAUCUGUCCACCGAAGAACCGUCUGUCCCUGAGACAUCACACGAGCCAGCAGUGCCAGCCGUUGAAUCGGCCAAGCCUGAAUCCACUUCUCUACCAGAGUUAGCUGACCAGCCUCCCAUUGCUGCUGUGGACAAAACCCCUACUUCAACCUUAACAACACCACCUCCAGCACCAGCAGCAGCACCAGCAGCAGCACCAGCGGCAACAGCAUCUGCUCCUGAACAGCCUGCAGCAAAAAACAGCAAAGGGGGCUCUGAUUUUAAAACAGACCCGUCUCUGAUGGACUUUGGCCAGUCCAGCCCUGAGGAUGAAGACCUGUACAGCACACGCAGCUGAGACAUCACAGUUGUCCUCGGGAAGACACAUCAUUCCCUCACUACUAUCACAUCCACACUGACAAACCCUCUCUGUCAUCAGGCGGUGUAAAUUGACAUUUUGUAAGCAUAGUUAGGAAAUCUUUCAUCAAUAUUUCCAUUCUCAGUUUUUCUGCCUACAUAAUUUAUAUUUACACAGACAACAGCCAAGGCCAUUUGCAUUGCAAAUCGCGACACUCGUUUUUUGUGGAAGGACCGAAAUGUAGGGGGAAAAAUAUCCACCCACAACUGUUUGCCGGUGUUUUAGUUAACAGAUGGCAGAUUGUGAACAGUUUUCUCGUGAUUUGAAAAAAAUAAAUAAAUAAAAAAUAGUGGUUGUUGUGCUACAGCCUUUUCAGUCAUGAGCGCACGGUGCUGCUUUUAUUUAUUGUAAUUUAGCCCGUUGCUUUGGUAAGCUGAAUAUCUGCACAUGUGAUGGGAAUGACUACAAGAUGUGUUACAUUGUCUUCACUUGUAAUUUUGGGGAGUCAAAAAUAAAUCUAUAUUUUUCUGGGAAUUCA